AUGGCUCUGGACAUGGACUACCUGAAGUUGAUCGGUCUUCUUGCUUUCCAUGAGAAGCAGCCACUGCAGGAAGAUGUCCAGCGUUGCGACUCUUUGGAAUCUUGUUCCUCUACCAGGGAGACCUCUGACGGCCCUGAGAGCCGCAUGUCAGAAGAUGAAGACGAUAUCCUCUUCUCCUGCGAGGAUCUUUCCAUUCCCAUCCGAUGGCACUGUGAGUUCUUUCGUGUGGACUUCAGUCUGCAAGCAUACACUCCGCCAACGUUUGCUGCUGAGAUCUACGUACUCGCAGACGGGAAGUGCCUGUCUACGGACCCCUGGCUCUCCUUGGAAGCCUUGCAGGUGCGGGCCGUGCAGGCCGUCUUAGAUUCCCUCAUGCCGCUGAAUGGUUUGACGAGGGACAGUUUCCUCACGUCAACAUCUGUGCCUCCACCGCUUGUGGGGGUGCCCCCGGCGGCCGCAUUGGGACAGGUGAUAGCAGCUGCGCAGGUUUAUCAAGCCCGGCUGGUGACGGCGGACUGCUUUGUGAGUUUGCAGGAAAUGGUUUGCUGCUACUUUGACUUGAUGUGUGCCCAGCUGGCACCAACGCCUUCUGAUUUUCAGAAGCUGUUUUCGGUCACGGAGGUGCUGCCUUCCGUUUACAGCAUGCACACGGAGUCGAGGCUGGUGUUGGGCAGUACAUUCCUUCGAUUUCAGGAGUACUACGAAUGCCCGGACCCUAAGAUUCGCCACUCUGCUUUCCAGUAUGAAGAGUACAAGGAGUGGUUUCGAAACUCUUCCCGGGAUAGGGGACAAGGCUUCAAUUAUUACUUGAUAUGGCCGGGCUUCAACGUGCCAUCUUGGGUUGUCCGCGACCUGAAGAGUGGCAAAGUUGGCCUUCCCUUACGACCUCAGGAGGAGGCACUGCUGGGCCUGCUCCCAGAAGCUGAGGAAAGUUUCUACGUCAUAGGCACCUGCGAGAAAGAUGUGCAGACCUUGCACCACGAAAUGGCACACGGGCUUUACACCACGAAUUCCACCUACCGUUCGGCCGUGACUGAAGCUCUGGCACAACUCCCCCAGGCCCGCUCCGACGCCGCACGAAGAGUCUUGUUGGGCAUGAGCUACGUAGACGACCCCGAGAUUCUGAAGGACGAAAUGCAAGCAUACAUGGUUGAAGGCAACUGCCUUUAUGAAGAUGAUGAGGCAGAGUGCACAGCUGCUGCCGAAGUUCAGCGGCGCAUCUCCACAUUGUUUCGCCGCACCGCAGGGAUCGAUACGGACUUCGACAAGGAGUCUUAG